AGCCACGUGUGCGUAGCCUUCCACGUGGCGAUAAAGGCUUGGUUGUUGCUGACCCAUCCUAUCUACACUGGGGGGCGUAUAUUCGCGAGGCGAGAAAUGGCUAUGGAGGUUCCAUCUAGUUCUUCCAGUCAAUCCAUAGCGCGCUCUGCCCUUUGGCGCUGACACUCGCGAUUGGAUCGUCAGGUACUGGUUGGAUCGGUGAUGGAUUAGCGGCUUAGCUGAGCGGCACAAGGCAGAUUUCUUGGUUCUUUGGAUCACGAUCGAGGAUUCCAGCGAAAUAUCGGAGAAUCGAUCGCCAAAUCUUGGUAUCGACGGCCAUUUCCAUCGAAUCGAUCGAUAUUUCGGCCAAAUCUUGCGGCAUCGACGGCCAUUUCCACGAAUCGAUCGAUCCAGCAAUGACGAAGCCAUGCGAUGCGUGCCAGUCGGGGAAUGCAGUGAUCUACUGCCGGGCGGACGCGGCCUUCCUGUGCUGUUCUUGCGACAACAAGGUCCACUGCGCCAACAAGCUCGCGUCGCGACACGAGCGCGUCCUCGUCUGCGAGGUCUGCGAGCACGCCCCGGCGGCGGUCACCUGCAAGGCGGACGCGGCGGCGCUGUGCGUCACCUGCGACAGCGAUAUCCACUCCGCCAAUCCCCUCGCCCGCCGCCACGAGCGCGUGCCAAUCACGCCCUUCGUCGACUCUAGCGACGGCGGCGCCGCUCCUCCUCCAGCUCCGCCAAUCCUCCACGACACCGGCAACGCGAACCACGUCAAAGCCCAGGACCACCACGACCAGCAGCAGCAAUGCAGCUAUCUUCUCAAGGACGAGGACGAGGACGACGAGGAGGAGAGCUCCGCUGCGGAGGCCGCGUCGUGGCUCCUCCCACAGCCCAACAAUCUCGCCAAGAGCGAUGGAGAGAAGCUCGGCGGCGGCGGUGGCAGUGGCGGCUCCAGCGAUGGCGGCGCUGGAGACGGCGACUCCAACGAUCCCGACGACUUUGCUGGCGGAGGCGAUGGUGGCGGCGAUGUUGGAGUGGAGAGCACCGACUUCUACUCCACUCUCAAGCCAUCGGCACCUCCGCCCCUCCGGAUCGAGAAGCUCCUCCUCAAGUCCCAGGCCGCGGCCAACUUCGAUCUCUUCUCGGACGAGGACUCCUACUUGGACAUGGACUUCCUGGGCGCGCUCCACUCGGUCACCGACAGCUUGGUUCCAAUCCACACCACCGGAGGAGCUCUCCACUCCUCCUCGCCAGUGGGAUCCAACGCCGACUCAUACGAUCUCGACGUCCACGACAAAUCACCUCCACACGCCUACUGCCCCGGCCUGAGCCUCAGCGCAUCCUCGAUCGAUGUUGGAGUCGUCCCGGACGCAAGCUUGAGCGACAUCUCAACUCCCCAGAGCCGGCCGACUUCUUCGUCAGUGUUUGGCAGCGGCGAGGCGCAGGCGGCGGCGGCGCCGCUCCACCAUGCCACUCCCCUCGAGCCGAUCGCGCGGGAGGCCAGGGUGCUGCGCUACAGGGAAAAGCGCAAGAACAGGAAGUUUGAGAAGACGAUAAGGUACGCUUCUCGCAAAGCUUACGCUGAGACCCGGCCCAGGAUCAAAGGAAGGUUUGCCAAGCGAGGCGAGAUGGACUCUUACGAUGCCUCCUUUGGCGUUGUUCCUUCCUUUUGAGCUCUCGCCCGGAGUUUCUUCGCGUUUUAGCUCCUGAGAGUUGGAGGCUCCAGUGAGAGAGCUGCUCCAAGUUACUUGGAGAGCGGGCUCUCGUUCCACCAUAGCCGAGCUCCCGGUCUACGUAAAAUCUCACAGCUUGUACAGUGAUCACCGGCGUGCUGCUGGAGUCCCUUUUUUCUUUGAUGCGGGAUUUCUUCCUGGAUGAACUAUAAAUGUAUUUCACUAUCGCAAACAAAUCAAAGUUACACGUUAGAAGCUC